GCGCGACGGGCGGGCACGGUGCGGCAAGGCUGCGGAGCGCGGCUGCUGCCGGACAUGGCGGGCACGGCGCUGAAGAGGCUGAUGGCCGAGUACAAACAAUUAACACUGAACCCUCCAGAAGGAAUUGUGGCAGGCCCCAUGAAUGAAGAGAACUUUUUUGAAUGGGAGGCAUUGAUCAUCACAAAAGGCACUGGCUCCACCACAUCCGUCGUUCUCACGAAGUCCUGAGUGUCGCUGCCAAAGGAGCUUUCUGUAGUCUUCUUCCCUUAAUUGUGGAGGGGCCCUGAAGACACGUGCUUUGAGUUCGGUGUUUUUCCUGCCAUCCUGAGCUUCCCACUGGAUUACCCACUGAGUCCGCCAAAGAUGCGCUUCACCUGCGAGAUGUUUCACCCCAACAUCUACCCCGACGGCAGAGUCUGCAUCUCCAUCCUUCACGCGCCAGGCGACGACCCCAUGGGCUAUGAGAGCAGUGCUGAGAGGUGGAGCCCUGUGCAGAGCGUGGAGAAGAUCUUGCUGUCAGUUGUGAGCAUGCUGGCAGAGCCCAACGACGAGAGUGGCGCCAAUGUGGAUGCUUCUAAAAUGUGGCGGGAUGACCGCGAGCAGUUUCACAAGAUCGCCAAGCAGAUUGUGCAGAAGUCCCUGGGGCUGUGAGGCUGCGCCGCACUCGGGCACACACGCACCUCAGAGCAGCUCCCGCUCGCUCCUGCAGACAUGGGCAGUGCUGCCGUGCUGGCACCGACACAGGCAUCACAGAAUGCAGCCCGCCCUCUUACCUUUCCACCCAGACAGUGCUCUCUGGGACCGGCGGCUCACUGCGUGCUGCAGCAUCCCAGGGUCCCUCCUGGGCCAGGUCGGCCCGCCCGGUCUGUCUGCCCCGCCGUCACUACCUCUCCUUCCUCCUGCAGCGUGGCCUGCAGCUGCCCUCCCACCUGGGGCCAUGGGCCAGGCCUCGGGCUGACAGGACACCAGCGAGGCUCCUUGAGAAGAUGUGGCCUUGGUGGAAGCAGUGGGUAGAGCUGCGGGCUCCCUGUCGGUGCCCGGUCCCGUGUGCCCCGGGAGGCGCCCAUCACUUCCUUUCUGGCCUGGUACUUAGCGCAGGGCUGGCUCUCACAGCUGCUGCUGCGUUCUCAUACGUAGACACCCUCUGGGAGACACUGGAAGUGCGCCCUUGAAGAGCGGGGCUGUAGAACAUGUGGUUACUUCAAGCCACAAAACUGAUGGCUUCCCCUGGUUGCAUUUUAGGGUUUGCAUCCAGGUCCUCGUUACCGGCACUCUGCUGGAGAGCAAGCUGAGCGGAGCGUCACAGAGGCAGUGCUGUCUUCUCCUGGACCCUGAAAAAGUUUCCCUUUCCAAUCUAAAGCUGAGAGGCUCCAGGGUUCCUCCCUGUGCACUGCGGCUGCACCCGGAAGCCGACUGAGUGGCCCAGAGUCAGGUGGCGGGCGGUCUACGACUUUAAUGUGGCCUGAGUGUCCCCAUCAGUGGAUGGGGCUGAGCAGCACAGUGCCUGGCGGAGGCGCAUACAAGCAAUAACAGAUCUGUCUCGAGCAGGAGCACACACCUGGCCUGCUCCAGACAGGUUCGAUUUAAAUAGGAGUUUCUAUUUUUAAACCAAGAGACGCGUGAGACAUGCAGUAGGGUCACGUCACACUGCGCUUCCUGCCCUGUCGCAGGUGUGGCCGGUGGACUGUGGCUUUCACCAGGGCCUCCCACAUGGGUCAGGACUCUUCCUUCUCAGAGGGCAUGGUUCACAGCUUGAAUUUCAGGGCAGGCCUGCGUUUGGGACAGGUGGAGAGGGAGGGUGUUGCGCCUAAACAGUAUUUCCAGGCCUGAAGGAGGUUGAGAUGUGGUCUGUGUGUGUGGAUGGGCUGAGCGGGGCAGCCCCUCCAGCAGACCGGCCAGAUGGGCAGGCUCAUGGGAGGCUUCCGUGGGAGGGGGAAGAGAGGCAAUCUCUUUACAAAACAAAGUAUUUUUAUUCAUUUGUAUUUAUUAAAUGAAAAAUCCCAGUUGUCCCUCUUCUGUGGUGGAAUUUAUUUACUAUAUUAUAAAAUAAAGUUCUAUAUUCUCCCUCUUC